UUUGCCAUGCGGUUUUCAGCAUCCCAUGAUUCACAAACAUUCAUGAACUCUUUAAAGGAGAGCUUGAAGGAUGCUAGAAAUGUAUGGCUUCCAACCAGUAAUCGUGGUUUUGCUACUUCACUUACAUCAGAGUUGGUAGAUUUGAAUGGAAUCACUUCUAGACCUGCUGUGGAAUUAUGCCAUGUAAAUCUUAUCGGAAAUCAUGAACCUCUUCAGUUGCCUCCAACAAACGAUAAAGGUUUGAAAUGCCCUUGUCCUAAGGAGUCAAUAUGUAGUCCUAAUCCAGGAGCCAAAGACGCAAACUUGCCAUCCAGCUUCACUGCACUCCUUUCUGGCUCUUGCACUGAGACUGAACAAGGUACGAAUGGUGCAGAACUAUCAAAAGCACCAGUGAAAAUGAAUAUCGUGUCCGAAGUGGUGAGAGAUAUGACGGAUUCUUCUUUUCAUGAUAUGUUAACUAAGAUGGAGAUGGCCAUUGAUGACUUGGGAGGGGAUUUGGCGCUACGAUUUCAUGAUUUCCUCUAGUUCUGCAUCAAGAGCUGAAGUUUUAACUUCUUCCCUGACUCAAAGCUUUCUAUUUGAGUUAAAUAGCAGCCAACUAAGAUCCCUUUGAUGAAAAUUCGGUUUGGUUCUCCAUAUUUUUGUAUUACACUAAGUACUGAAACAGAUAUAGCGAACUGCAGUGCGGAUGCAAUAUUAGCACUCUAAAUUUUGAUUGGAGAGAGUCCAGUCUUCUUUAUUCUGUAAUUGAAACAGUAUUUUCACACAUUAGAGUUUAUUCAUACAA